AUGAAGCUGCCACUGCUGCUGUUGCUAAUCCAGUCUUGGGCCCUGGUGGCCAGAGCCACUCCUGCCCGACACUGGCGACGUGCCCCCACCCAUGGGGUCUUCAAUGUGGAUGACUAUGCCUAUAACAAGCCCAGGAUGAAUCUGGCUGGUCGCCUGGCUAUGGAGAGUAGGUCUAGUCAGGAUGUUCCUCCAAUGGGUCACUUGCUGCAGCAGAUCUCCCAUCACAGUCGGCGAUCCACGGAGCAAAGGCCUCACUACAGGAACCUCGACCAGGAGGUGGAGGUCCUGCCAAUGGCAGGCCAGGCGAACCAAACAAUUAAAGACCCGGCCAUAAACAUGCAAUUAAUGCCGCUGCAAAUGAACUCGGCUCUGCACGCACAGGAGAAUUUAUACUCGAACGAGUUCCAUGUGCAAAGUAUCGGGGCCAAGAAGAUAGUGCAAUUGAAUACCCUGACCACUGACCAUGAACGUAAACCAGUCGCCGAAGAAGUUAUGAGCCCGGAGGAGCAGAAUGAGCAGCAGGAGCCGCUGAAGGUAAAGCUGACACCGCCAGAGCUGCCCGAGAACAAUGCUGCAACAACAGAGGCCGUGCCUGGACAGGAUAAAGUCGAAAAAGAUGGUGAAGCCUUGGCCUCGAACGCCCCGGUGACAGCUGCCGCGGGGGAUGAGGCAGCCUUGACAAGUGUGAAGAAAACUAUGGCCCCGAGUGGGACAAUUAUCGAUAUGGCAUCGACAGGAAUGCAGCAGCUUGUCAGUCGGCCGACAGCGGAGAAUGCCGAUGACAUGGACACAAAGGCUCACUCCGCCAAGAGGAAGAAGGACGAAACCCGAGUCCGACCGCCUCGGCCCAAGACCAGGCGAAAGCAAACGCCAACAGGAGCAAAAGCGUCUAAUGAAACUGAUACAAAGAUGACAGCGAAUCGGGUUGUGACCACCCCUGGACCAAACCCUAUCCUGGGACCAAGUCCUGCUCCACUGGAUGCGAAGCAGCCGGCGAAGGAAUUGGAAACACAAUCACCGGAAAUCAGCACGCAUCGUCCUUUAACAACGACGAGUAAGAGCAAAGGCAAAGGCAAGGGUAAGGGCAAGGAUAAACGUCGCCAGGACACCCAGAGACGUCCUGCCAACGCGGGAGUAAUGGAGGAGGAAAUUGAAACUACGACAAAUUGGUGGCAGAUUCUACCGUAUGCGGAAAUUAGAAAAUUUUUGAAUACGAUUUACGAUACCAUCGCCGACGAUGUCGACGACGAACGUGCCACGGAUGAUGUGUGA